AAAAACCCGAAACGUUUCAAUGUUCUCAAUGAAAUUGAAUGGUCUCUUCCUCCUCCACCUUCUUCUUCACUAGCGCGCUGGGGUUUUUAUCUGUACGGAACUCACUGAAGAAAGCCAUUUUCUUACGCAGAACGAGCUCGGCUAUUUCAGCCGCCUCAGGCAUGGAUUGCAAUUCAACCUGUACGUUGGUGCUACGCGGCAAAUCGCCGGCGGAAAGUAAAAUUGCUGAGGGGCUGAAGAACAGUAACGCUCUGAAGCUCAGUGACAACAGUGAGCUUUCAAUUCUGUUAGACUCGGAAUUGAAGAAACCGUUCAACGAAGACGACGCUUUUGGAAUCGACUCGUUCAUGAACUCUCUCUCCACCGAUCGGUUCGGUAGGUUGCUGCUUUGGUCGCCGCGCUUGCCGUCCACGCAGGACGUCGUUUCUCAGAAUUUCUGUGAGCUUCCAAACGGUGCGGUUUGUGUUGCUGAUGUUCAGUACAAAGGGCGAGGCCGGUCGAAGAAUGUGUGGGAGUCUCCCAAAGGUUGCCUGCUGUUUUCCUUUACUCUGCAGAUGGAGGAUGGGCGGAUCGUGCCACUGAUACAAUAUGUGGUGUCUCUAGCCAUCACUGAGGCCAUAAAGGAUGUUUGUGAUAGGAAUGGCUUGCCAUAUAUUGAUGUUAGAAUAAAAUGGCCAAAUGAUCUAUAUUUGAAUGGCCUCAAAGUUGGAGGCAUUUUAUGCACGUCAACAUAUAAGUCGACGAAGUUCAAUGUGUCUGCUGGUAUCGGCUUGAAUAUCGAUAAUGAGAAACCAACCACAUGCUUGAAUGCAAUUCUUAGAGAAUUGUCUGCUACGACAUACCAGUUUAGAAGAGAAGAGAUUCUUGCUGCCUUCUUUAACAAAUUUGAGAAAUUUUAUGAUCUUUUUAUAAAUCAAGGAUUUCAAUCUCUAGAGGAGCUAUACUAUAAGACAUGGCUACACAGUGGGCAGAGGAUUAUUGUGCAGGAAAAGAAUGACGACCAGGUGGUGGAGAACGUGGUUACUGUUCAGGGUUUAACAUCUGCGGGAUAUUUGUUAGCUAUUGGUGAUGACAAUCAGAUGUGUGAACUCCAUCCUGAUGGAAAUAGGUAAAGUUGCUUAAUAUGUUUUAAUUUUUACCCUAUGAGAACUUCAUCUUUUUUCUCAUUUACUGUUCUUGUUCUACUUCCCUCCGCCCCAUGUUGUGUAAGAGUUCUCGAGUCUUCACUGCUAGUCAUCUCCAUUUGCCUUUUUCAAUAUUUUUGGUUUGUGAAAGGAAAGCAAAAACCCUCUAUAUGCAUGUAUCAGACGCAUACAUACCAAUUCAAGACCAGUCCAGAAUUAUAAAACUUAAGCUGUGGUAUAUUCUUGCCUUUUCAAAUAGUGUUAUCAUUAACUAAAUAGGAAAAACUAGGUCACCUU